CCAAAAACCCUAAAUUCAUAAGUUUCUUCACCAAUGAUGCUUCAAAGAAGCUGCAUUGUACUUCUCUUCUCUCUUUUUCUGUUCGUUCCACAAAUGGGUUUCUCCAUGCUCAACAGAACUGUACUUCUCAUACCACACCCUGACCCGGAACUAGUCGCUUAUGAAGUUCAGUGGAAAGUAAAUGCAUCUAUAACAAGACGUCAAGCUCUAGACACGACGGACCAGGCCGGUUCAAACCCGUGCUUCACCGGUAACCCAAUUGAUGACUGUUGGAAAUGUGACCCAAACUGGCCUAAUAACCGACAAGGGCUAGCAGAUUGUGGUAUCGGGUUCGGACAGUACGCAUUGGGAGGCAAAGGUGGUCAGUUUUACUUCGUUACUGAUUCUUCCGACGAUGAUGCCGUCGAUCCUAAACCGGGCACUCUCAGAUAUGGAGUGAUACAAGAAGAGCCAUUGUGGAUAGUGUUCCCAAGCAACAUGAUGAUUAAACUAAAGCAAGAGUUAAUAUUCAAUAGUUACAAGACACUUGAUGGAAGAGGAGCUAAUGUCCACAUUGUUGGUGGUGGCUGCAUCACUCUUCAAUAUGUCUCCAAUAUCAUCAUUCACAACAUUCAUAUCCACCAUUGUUACCAAUCCGGGAAUACUAACGUGCGGUCAAGUCCAACGCACUAUGGGUUCAGAACGAAAUCGGACGGUGAUGGUAUCUCUAUAUUCGGAUCAAAGGACAUUUGGAUAGACCAUUGUUCUCUAUCGAGAUGCAAGGACGGUCUGAUAGAUGCGGUGAUGGGUUCCACAGGAAUUACUAUAUCGAACAACUUCUUCUCUCACCAUAAUGAAGUCAUGCUUCUUGGUCACAGCGAUCACUAUGAACCAGACAGUGGCAUGCAGGUAACAAUUGCGUUUAAUCACUUUGGAGAGAAAUUGAUACAAAGGAUGCCGAGGUGUCGACGUGGAUAUAUCCAUGUUGUUAAUAAUGAUUUUACUCAAUGGGAAAUGUAUGCGAUUGGCGGUAGCGGUAACCCGACUAUUAACAGUCAGGGCAAUCGUUACACCGCCCCAACCAAUCCAUUCGCCAAAGAGGUGACUAAGAGAGUGGAAACACCGGAUGGGGAUUGGAAAGGGUGGAAUUGGAGAUCGGAGGGGGACAUUUUGGUGAAUGGAGCGUUCUUUGUGGCAUCCGGUGAAGGUGCAGAAAUGAGGUAUGAGAAGGCAUAUAGCGUCGAGCCUAAGUCCGCCUCAUUCAUCACACAAAUCACAUUUCACUCAGGUGUUCUUGGCGUCGGCGGCAGGAAUAACAAUCUGGGGAUGUGGACUACUACUGGAUCGGAAGGUAAUAGCGGUUUAGAUUCUUACAACGACUAUACCGAUGAAAUGUCUGGUACCGGUUCAACUAACCGGUUAUCUUUUUCAGUUCUUGGUUUAGCAUUCAUGCUUAGUUCGAUAUCAUAUUUGGUGAUCAUGUUCACUUCUUCAACCCAAAUGUUUAUGUUGUAACAUGAAUUGAAUUUACUUAUAUUUUAUCAAGGAACAAGCAAAAAGUUUCCAAACUCAUUCUUGUGCAUUCUUUUCUUCUAUAUGAUCUUAUGUUAAUUUAAUGGACAUCAUAAUUUAUAGUUUUACAAAAUGAAUUAGUUCUUUACAA